UGCCAUUCGAGGUUUCUUACCACAGAAAAAAAAGCAGAAAAAACUCAGCCCAAUGACUUCGCUCUUUCACUUAAUGUUUUCUUCCUCUCUCUCUCUAUUUGGUCCACCUCUACUUCUGCCGGUGAACACCCACUCGCCUGGAAAUCCUAUCUGAUUCGUUAUUGGAACAAAGAGGUCCGAAACACCACCAAUGCCAUUCCAAACUUUCUCCUAUCGAAGGCAUCCCCAUUAAGCGCGGCCGACUCAGCGAGUUUCUCCAAACUCGCUGCUCAGAAUUCUCUCUCCUUUCACCUUCCAGCAUUCUGCGCUUCCGCCAACCUUCUAUGUUUCCCCGAUUUAGCGUCAAACAUCACCACAAGUUACAGACAGGAUGCGAAUAAGUUUUACAAAUAUAUUAAUGACCAAGGAAGCACUGCCACUGGUGACUCAGUAAAAAAAAGGGUUGAGCUAGGUAAAUACUUUAGGGUGUCGAUGUUGAAGAAAGGAGAGGUCAUUGCAAUGCCGGAGAUAAAAGAUAAUAUGCCCAAAAGAUCAUUUUUGCCACGGACUAUAUUGUCAAAAUUACCACUUUCGACCUUGGAGCUGAAGAAGUUUUUCCGUGUGGAAGAUAAUUCCACUAUGGAGGCUAUAAUAGUGAAGUCAUUGAGUGAGUGCGAGAGGGCUCCAAGCCAGAGCGAGACCAAGCGGUGCGUGGGUUCGGCUGAGGACAUGAUUGACUUCGCAGUCUUAGUCUUGGGUCAAAACGCGGCCGUUCGAUCAACAGAGAAUGCAAACGGGUCAAAGCAGAAUAUAAUGAUAGGAUCGGUCAAAGAGAUCAACAGCGGUAAAGAGAUGCAACAAGCAGUCUCUUGUCAUCAGAGCUUGUUCCCGUACCUGCUCUAUUAUUGCCAUUCGUUCCCACAAGUUCAGGUCUACGAAGUAGAUAUGCUCGAUUUGAAUUCUAAGGCUAAGAUCAAUCAUGGUGUUGCUAUCUGUCACAUGAACACGUCGGAUUGGAGCCCAAGUCAUGAAGCUUUCUCGGCUCUUGGGUCGGGUCCAGGUCGGAUCGAGGUUUGUCACUGGUUUUUCAUGAAUGAUUUGAUCUGGACAGUUGCAAACUAGUUAUUAGAUGCCUAGGUGCAGGGACGGACCCAGGUGAGGGCCUAAAGGGCCUGGGCCUCCUGGGCCCAAAAAAAAAUUUAGUAUAAGUUCUUAAUUCUUAGUGAUAGUCUCUGUUUGAACUUUCUUACUCUUUGUUGGUGACUCUGUGUUGGCAGUAUAAGUUUUCUGUAAGUUGCUUUA